AUGCGCCUCUGCACUCGCGAUGUCAAUGCUCAGGGGAGGCUGAGCAAGUCACCCUGCAUUCCUCUCUCGCAAGUGGAUGUGGGUCUUUUGUGCACGUCGUUGGAGGCGUGGCCGCCGCUGUUACCCAGCUUUAGCAGGGAGGCGGUGGAGGCGAUGAAUAGAUUUGUGCAGGGGUUUAUCUGCAAGCGCAUCGAGUACCGCUGCGGUCAGCUCUCCGCCGAGGACUACGAGGACGCGUUUCUGCCGCGGUGGGUGCGUAUGGCGGAGCACCGCACCGACCUCAUGGAGGACUUUUUCGCUCAGCACGGCAGCCGCCUCAGCGAGGAGACGUUCCGCGAUCUCUUUGGCGCCUUUGAGAAGAUGCAGAGCGCCCUGCGUGAUGCGCGGCAGGAGCCCGGCGGCGGCGUGGAGGGGCGUCACGACAAGCGCAUCACCUUUGCGCGGCCGGUGGCACACCGCCUCAUCCGCCGCUCGCGCGAUCGCUUCUCACUCCGCAGCGUCGCCGACGUCGACGAAGGCGCGGAGCUCAGCCACCCCUCUCCCUCCCCUUGUCCUAGCAGCGCCGCCGACGCAUGGCGAGGCUCGCUGCACCUUGGCAGCUCCUCUCCUAUCCCCGGCGGGGCGGUGCUGAGCGUGAGCAGCGUGACAGACGUUGCGGACGCGGACGAUGUGCGUACCUUUGUGCUGCCGGUCGAGGAGAGCACCGAUGGGGACCACUUCACAGGUAGGGCCAGCGGUGUCUACUACGGAGACCUCCUCCGCUCCGCCGGCAGCUCCGCAAGGAGCAGCGGCAAGGGCGGCCACGCAGCUGCGGCUACUUCCUUCGCCCUUGCGGAGGGAAGAGACAGCUUGGAGAACGACGCCGGGUUUGCCGAGGCCGUGUUGCAGGCGUACAGCGGACCGGUGCGGCGGGCCACGACCUGGCGACGGCUGUGGAUUCGCUGCUUCUACCAUUGCAUUCUCCCGGCUGCGGUGGUGGUUUCUCUUGCCGCUUACUACUGGGAUACGUUGCAGCUCUAUCUGCGCUUAUAG